UGAGGCUAUAGAGGGUGAUACACUAUAUUGGCACGUAUGCUACUCUAAUUUUGUAUUCUUUUAAAAAAAAAAAAAAAAACGCUGCAUGGUUGCUUAAAAAUCGACAUCAGUACGCAUAGCCAAGGCUCUACUGAACGCCGGUGAACCAUACCAGAGGAUUAAUCAAACGGAGAUGUAGGCCACAGCAUUUAACCCAUCAACACACGUAUUACAUAACAACGUUAUAUAAGAAAUAGAGUUAAUAACCUAUAUGAUACACUUGCUUUUUAAGUAUUUUCCACAGUCAUUGCAUAGUGCAUUGCUCACUUCACGAUCAGAUGUGUCCUCAUGUGCCCCUGAGUACACGGUGGACGUAGAGUACAUUUGUCGUGAACUUCCUGAGUGUUCCUCCUCCUCUUCCAUUCGCAUCGGUGAUGUAUCGGAGAGGAAAGCUUAUUUGUAAGACCAAGAGGAUGAGCAGAACAGUUUGCAGACAGACAGUCCUGACAAGGCAUGCCAGUAUUUGAAUAAAAUAGCUUUUCUGUACAUAUAGAGGGUUUUGUUGGAAAUAAACGAGUAUGCUUUAAGUAGCACACGUUCAUUGUUAUUAUCUAGAUUUGCAAGAAGGUUUUGAAAAUGGUUUUGCGCACGGUAUUUCGUGCGGUAAUAAUGGGACCACCUGGCUCCGGGAAAGGCACAGUAUCCGACCGCAUAACUAAAAGUUUUGGACUAAAGCAUAUUUCAAGCGGGGACAUACUGAGGACGAACAUCGAAGCAAAAACAGAGUUGGGGCUUCUCAUGAAGUCCUGCAUCGACCAGGGUCAGUUAGUGCCUGAUGAUGUAAUUUCCCGUCUCAUCCUAUCAAACCUGCGCAACAUAGAGCAAAGCAGCUGGCUGCUAGAUGGCUUCCCUCGGACAGUGUCCCAGGCCGAGUCGCUGGAAAGCGUUUGCAACGUGGACACUGUCAUCAACCUGAACGUGCCUUUCGUGACCAUCAAAGACCGCCUCACCUCCCGUUGGGUGCAUCUCGCGAGCGGUCGCGUCUACAACACCCACUUUAACCCCCCCACAGUCCCGGGCAUUGAUGAUGUCACAGGAGAGGCCUUGACCCAGAGAGAUGAUGACACACCUGAUACCGUCACCAGAAGACUGAAAGGCUAUGAGCAUCAGACGCAACCUGUUCUGGAGUACUACAGGAGUAAAGGCGUGCUGGAGACGUUCUCAGGAACCGAAACCAACAAGAUCUGGCCCCACGUCCAGGCUUUCCUGGCCAGGAAAAUCCCCUCGUCCUCUGGAGGCCAAGCAGCUGCGGGGAAAAACUAGCCCCAGCUAGACUCCUCUGGUUCAGGCCACCAGCGAGGGACAGAGUAAACAACUUAAUUAAAAAGAAAACACUGAUGGUGACUGUAAGGUGGCUGUAAUGAGGUCUCUGUAAGUCACACAGGUGACCUUUAAUGGGAGUAUUAUUUAUUGCAACAUGCCGUUUUGAACAUGGGUAAUUAAACCAUUGGUUUGGUUCAUGCUACAAUAAGUAAUAACUGUUAAUGUGGUGUAACUGUUAGUCUACUCAGAGAAUGCAGAUUCCUUGUACUACAUUGUACCUCAUUCCUGACUGUUUCAUUCUGAAUAUUAGGUAGUUGAGUGCAUUGCCUUCUCUGUGUCUAUGUUGAGACUUUCUCUCAGAGUGCACCUUUGAGGUGCAGGUAUUGGUAAAGGGUCUGCUAGACAGACAGGCUUUGUGUUCUCUUGUUACGCAGUCAAACAGUGUGAGGCCUUUUUGCAUGAGCACAACACAUACUCUCUCUACUUGGAAGCAUUCUGGCAGCUUUAGUUUCCCAAAAGUCUCUGGAUGAAAGGGUCCAAACCACUGACUCACUGCCUAUACAGCCACAGUGCCUGAACAGGAACCUUGUACCAGUCCAAACCUUCCUUUACGGAGCCACAGCGCAGCUGAAGAUGAUUUGGUGAAUUUAAAAGUAUUUAAAUUAUUAAAGGUAUUUCAUGACCUAUGACCUAUGGUGGUGGGGGUGGGGUGGGGAAUUACAUAUACAUUGGACUAGGGACCUCAGACCUAGUUGGGUUGUUUUAAUAUAAAACCAACUUUUACAGUGUUCAUGGUAGUAGUUUUCAAAUGUGAAUCACAUUUCUCUUAAAGGUGCAGUAUGUAGGAUUUAGGGUGGUCUAGUAGCAGGAAUGGAACAUAGUAUUCAUAAUUCACUAGUGUAUAAUCACCUGUAACUACAAAUCGGUGUGUUUUCUUUAUCUUAGAAUGAGCCCUUUGUAUCUAUAUAGGGAGUGGGUCCUCUUCUGUGGAGUCCACCAUGUUUAUAAAGAACGGGCAAACCAAAACACUGGCACUAGAGGCCCUUUCACUUUUUCAUGUCACCUUACAGCCACCGUAGCUUCUCCUACACAUUUGGAAAUGGAGAGAUCACCGCUGGAUGCCACAAAAUUCUACAUACUGCACCUCUAAUAUAGGAAAAUUGUAGCAAAAACUUUGAAUUGCCAUGCUGCUCACUUGCACGCUAUGCUUAACAAUCCUUUAAUGAGCGCAAUGAUUCUGCCUUAGCAUCCAUAGCCUCUAGGAGCAGUAUAUCUAGCUGCACUGCUUUUAGUUGGGUGUGGCACUCUAAUUGAUAAUAAUAGAGGUGUUUUUGGUAGUAAGUGGUAAGUGUUUAAUUACUAUAGCUCUUUUUGUCUAAACAAUGGUUUAUUCCUACCGAUUAUAGUCUUAUAGAUAUGCAACCUUAAGUCAGCAUUGCACACAGAAUGCCUUGAAAUAAGGUUUUUGGUAUCAAUCACCAGUCUUUAAAUGAAAUUAAAGGGUUUUAUAGUAAAGAAUGUAAUACUACAGUUUAAAAAGGGAUCAAGUUAUUUGUACUUAAGUGGAGACGCACAUUGAGAAAAGGAAGUCCAUGUUUGUUAAAUUAAAUUUUUUGUGAUCAACUCUUGUAUGCCCUUGUACCCUGUACAAAGAUAGAAGAAACAUGUCAAUGUCACAUUGUAUAACUGCCCAAAAUGUCACAGCGACCGUUCUAUUUCAGUGUAAAAUGUGACACUCCAUCAAGAGGUAUUUUAGAAUAUCUUUUAUUUUCAAUAAAUACUUAUUUGAAAAAAUU